UGAUAUAGGAUACGAAAGCAAUUAUUUAUAUUCAAGAAAUGGAUAUUGUUGCCGACGUAACGUUUCCCACGCGACCGACAGUUGUUUCUCUUCGAGAUUAUGAUAACGUUGCCAGUGCCAGAAAGCAUCCUACUCCAGGGUAUCCGGUAAUAUGCGUAACUGCAUGCAAUCCUAAACAUCCAGAGUUUUCAAAAACUGGAAUAUUGUGCACUAAAGAAGGAAUAAACGAUACAUUGACUGAAUUUAGAUGGAGAGUGGCUGCUCCGAGCGGUCGAGAUGGGGUGACGAGUCUGUUAAAAGACGUAGAAGCUAUUACAUUUUUUACGAGUCCACAUUUUAUUACAUUAGAUAGCAUUUAUUUCUCAGCAGGAAGCAGGGUGCAGUGUGCUGCUCGGGCAGUAAAUGUUGAUGGAGAUCCAGGACUGGAAUUGGAUAGCGAGUCCGUAACCAUAUCAACCACCGAUGGUCUUUGUACACCAAGACUCGAAGGUGCAUUUGGAGCAGAACCGUUUACGGCCAAAAUGAGAUAUACAGGUCCUAAAGAUGAUGAUUUUUCGAAUUUGAUUAAACUAAGUAUCAUAAUCCCUCAUUGGGAUGGUAUGUUGCCCAUAAUUUCAACAAAACCUUUGUCUAAUUUCGAAUUGACUUUGAGUCCCGAUGCGAUAAGAAUUGGUCUUCACAAAUGCUCCAACUUAUUGGAUGUUAAUGAAAUACAAACAAAGCAUGGUUUUCUCACAAAUGAGACAAAAAAUGAAAAUGUUAUUGGUGAUGUGGAACCAUAUCAGUAUAGUGAAGAAUUGCGGGGCAAUUCAUCUUUAAGAUUUUAUCGUAACUUAGAUUUAGAAGCUUGUAUGUGGGAAUUUACUUCAUAUUUUGAUAUGUCAGAAUUAGUAACAUUAUGUGGAGGAGUUAUCAGUACAGAUGGACAAGUAUUAAAUUUGGUGCAGUCAUAUGUUUCUAUAACAGUACCACUUUAUGUUUCGUAUAUUUUUCACUCUCCAGUUGCUACUGGUGGGUGGCAGCAUAACGAUCUCAGUUCUCAGUUGCGUCUAACAUUCGUGUAUGACACUGCAAUUCUUUGGCAGCAAGGUAUCGGUGCACCAGAAGAAUCUCAACUGCAAGGUUACCUUUAUCCGACCGGAAUGACCAUCAGAGAAGACGGAAAAUUGUUGGUAAACUUUCGAACAGAACCUAGAUUUCGAGGUCAAUUCGUUCUCACUCAUCCAGGCACAGGGCAAGAAUCAGCAGUUAUUGCACCAGAGCAUCCCGAUUUAACAUUCACUUUGGAAUUAGUUUAUAGUGAACCUUCUUUUGCCCAACCUAACCAAGAAUGGCAGUUUGUGUCAGAUUUUGCCGUAAGAGAUUAUUCUGGUAUAUAUAAAAUAAAGUUGAUACCUUGUACCGUGACUGACGAUUUAGAAUAUGGAGAUUCACUUCAAUGUCAUCCUCGAGAGCCGAUCACUUUCGACAUGCAUAUUAGAUUCCAACAAGUCAGCGAUCCGAUUCCCGCAGAGUUUAGUUUGAACACGCAGUUUCAUUUAAUGCGCAAAAGAGAACUGUGGUUAUCUGACGGAUCUAUGGGUUUUGGAGAAGAUCUGGAUGCUUCGUUUGUACCUGGUGAUAUUAUAUAUGGAAGAAUAAUGGUGGAUCCGGUGCAGAAUCUUGGCGACUCCUUCUUUAUGACGAUCGAGAAAUGUUUUAUAUGCACCGGCGUGGACGGAUACAUUCCAAAAUAUGAACCUACGAGUUUAGAAUAUGGUUGCGUUGCGGAUUCUCCAAAUCUCUUACAUACGUUUAAAAUAAUUGAUAAAGGUGCCCCACAUACUGUUGUCAGAAAGUUCAAAAAUGUUCCCUUUGAUGCUAAAUUGUCGGGUGAUGAUCCUUCUCCAGAUGUUGAAGCUCUUAGAAAACAACCCAGUGCUGACGGUUUUCACUUUGAUUCUGCCCCACUAUUUCAGGUAUCUUAUGGUAGGCAAUGGUUUGUACAUUGUAUCUAUACGGUGAGAUCUAAAGAAAAUGCAGCUCGAGGAAUUGGAAAGAGAAGUGUCGACGAACACAUUUUUGGAAAUUUGGGAGAAGUUUCACUUCGGAAAAAGAGAGAAGUGGAAGACGUGGAGCACGUCGGUUCAGACGGAAAAGGUACAAACAUGCACAGGAUAAAAUUAAAUUACAAUGGCAAAAAUAAAAAAGUCAACAGAGACAACAAGGGAGUGUACGAAGUCGGCCAAAACUCUCAUUCCGAAGACGGCAUGUCUCUGAUUCCCAUCAUCGUGGGCGCAUUAGGUUCCAUUCUAGUCAUAGCUAUUGCCGUCAACGUAUAUUUGAUAAAAAGAAGAAAAGAAUUCGGUGGUUCCGCCUCAUCAUCCGGGGUCGUGUCCGUGGUGGCGAGCAACGGACAGAGUAGAGUGGUGUCAUCUCAAUACCAGAACAUCCGUGCCGGCGACAACACAGAAGUAUAACAAAGAUUUUUGUUCACUAAUUUCAUCACUGCCAUCAAACUGUGAAAAAGAUGUAAAAACUUUCAUUGAGUAUCCCCAUACAUAUCAGCCGUUAUAAUUUUAUUCUCUGAUUCCAUUCAGAAAUAAAAACUGAUUCGGGGAACUUUAACCUAAUCUUACGCAGUUAACUAUUUACUAUAAAAUAGUAGAAAUGACUGACGUUGGCUGCUUGUGAUUGCUCUCAGAAACGAAGAGGAUCUAUUGACAUACCACUACUAUUCUGUGGAAAUUUACCAUGGCUGCAUCUCUAUCUGUUGCUACUUAUACCUCUUUUUUUGUUUACAUAAUUUAUUUUGAAUUCAGACAAAAUAUAUCAAAAUGUUGUGAUUGGUAAUUGUUUUUAAAUAAUGCCUGUAGGCUAAUUCAUAAAAUGUAUUAUUUUACUUUGGUUGCUUAUGAACUUUUUUUGUACAGUUUCUAGUGACACAGAAAUGUGAUAAGUUGGAUUGGCCUUGGGCAUAGAAUACCACCUCUUCCCUAAAUAAUGUUAAAAGACUAAAUUAAGCAAUUCUUUUUGAUUGUUACCCAAUUCCCAUUAAAAGAAUAUCCACAAUGGUAUACAGUGUUAAAAAAAUUGGACGUGCCUUUCGAGCUCAAUUUCUCCGAUUUCGAUAAAUCCGACAUUAAUUUUUUUACCCUAUUUUGUUAAUCGGGAUUACGAUUUGAAUUUUUCAGCAUAAAUUGUAAAUAUAUUCGACAAUUUAUAUAAAUUUCUACAGUUCAAAAGUAUUGUUAUCCAUUAUUUUAAAUGA